UGUAAGUGCACGCAAAUAGCGCUCUGCCGUGAUGAGUGGAAGGGAUCCGCACACGUUCAUCACAAACUACAGAGCAGCAGAUGUGGAAAAACUGACACUGCGGAUGAAAAAUGGUCUUGGCAGCUCAAAGUACAGACCGGCUGAAUAUAAAAAACUCCAAGCCAUUGUUGAUGCCAAGCGCCUGGAGUCUGAUCUAAUUGGACAAAAGGUUCAAAAGACUCGCUGUGCAGCCAAGGCAACCAAGGAGAGCUCCAUACUACGGCAGCACAGGCAGGUGUGGAGCAGAGAGUGCCCCAGGCUGCAAAAGGCUGAGGAGAGGGCUGAGAACGACAUCCAUGACUUUUUAGAGCAGAUCAGGCCAAAUGGUGGAACAGACACUGCCAUCUUCACACUCACAGAUUAUGGGCUGGACCUAAAGAGGGAGCGUGAGGCAUUCAGGGUAGCCACUGUGGAGCCUGUUCAUCAGCUCAAGGAUGACCUGUGCUUCAGACUGGGUGAACUAAAACAUCAGCACCUCACUGCCCCCCGAUCACACUGGGAACAAGUAAUACAACAGAUCAACUUUGUUAAAGUCCAGCAAGAUGACAUAAAUGCUAAACUUCAUGCAGAGUACCUGGCCUUGGAUGAGGAGAUCAUUGGCCUUAGCCUCGAGGAAUAUAUUACUAGUACUUCAAAUGAUCUGGUGAACGUAGAAACCAUUCCAGAGGAGGUUUUGGAUUCAGACUGCCCUUAUCCAGAGCUGAAGGACUCCCUGAUCCAGGCCUUCCACUCCCUGUCAGAAAGGUACCAGAAGAGGGUGCAGAGUCUGCAAGAACAGCUGCAAAGAGCUGACAGAUUCUGUGGCUGGUGUGCAGAUGACCACCAACGCUUCCAGUUCGCUUUGUCUCAGUACACGCAUGACAUACCCAACCAUAGAGCACUCUACAUGGACAUGCUACAAAGACUCUUCCCUAAGAAAACUAGACAAGAGCUGAUGGAGCAUGAACGCGCGUGGGACUGGCAGCGCUUCACCCAGACACAGCUGAGAGUGGUGACCCAGCAGUGGCAGCGGGACCAGGAAGAAUUGCUGGCCCGAGCCCUGGUCACCCUGCAGGAGGCGAGGCAUGCCCACCAGGAGGAGCUGGAGCUCCACAGAGGCCGCCAGCACCAGCAGGACAUCUGCUCACAUCUCAGGGAGGAGCUGCGGCAGUGGCGGGCCCAGCAGGAGGAGGUGGCGAAGCUGGAGGCAGUUAUAGCUGCCAGACAACAAGCGGAGGAAGAGGCAAGGGUAAAGAGGGAGCAGGAGAAGGAGAUGGCCAUCAGAUCACAGCAGAAAGAAAAAGUCAGGCAGUUUUAUUUAAAGCAGAAGAAGAGGGCGGAGGUGCUAGAGCAGAGGGAUCAAGAGAGACUUGCUAAUUUGAGAAGCGUUAUGGAAGAACAGGCAAGGCGAGAUAAAGAGAGGGUGCAGUUUCGGGCAAAUAUGUUACAGCUGCGAAUGGAGGAGAGAGAGGCGCGGGAGCUUGAGCGGCAGAGAGAAGAAGAAGACAGACAGAAUCGUCUGGAAGUUCUCAGAAACCAGGUUGGGGUGGUGGCAGAGGCAGACCCAGAGAGAAUGAUGGCAGAUACAGAGGCUUGGAGGAGUCGACAGUUGAAUGUAGAGGAGUUUGAGCUCCAAAGGCCUCUCUACAGUAUUAACACGUACACAGACUCUCAGAUUGUGUCUGAUCCAAGAGUGCGGGUGGAGCAGGCCCUGCGGGAGGCUGGUCUGCACCACACUCAUUAUGCCAAAGAGGUCCUCUCUGUUAUCAAGCCCCCUAAACCCCCAAGACGAGAUACAAAAUCUAUACUCAAAUUCUGACCAGGGGCUGGUUUGGGAUCAGGCCAUCCCUUGUUCUGGUGUUGAGCAUUAUAUUAAAUGUAAAUAAUACAUUUUACUUUGCAUGCGUAAGAAUCACAUUCACAGUUGGACAGAUCAUGUUGUUUGGGAUGAAAGCUGCUGUACUCAC